CUUUUUAUGACCUCCAGCAAUAGCUACAUAUCCAGCAAGUGUCCACUAUUUCCCCACGCGUCGAUAAAAUCGUUUGGAAGAUGAUGAAAGCAACCUUCAGAAACGAUCGCGCUCCAACAAUGGAUCCCCUAUGCCAACCAACAAUGGGGGGAUCAGCAAGGAGGAAAUCGAAAGGAUGGUUGCUGAGGCGCGUGCAAAGGCAGAAGCUGCUCGAGCGAAAAUUCAAGCUGCAAGAGGAGGCACUGCGACACCAAUGUUGGGGUCAAGUACCCAAGCACCAUCUUCAGCAACAACAGCUAGUCCAGCACUUUCGAGACUCGAGCAAAUUAAGGCGAGAGUGGCCGCAGCUACAGGAAAAGUAAAUACGACAACCCAGCAACGGACACCUGUCCCGCCCAUGUUUAUGCCUCCAGUUGUUGAUGAUGGUACAUCCCGAGCCAGAGGAGGAUUAGAUGUCGGCUUGCAUCCCGCUCUGUUAGGCGACUCUACUCAAGAGUCAAAGUCGUCAAAAGGCAAACAGACAAUGCAGCCUAAGUUUGCUACUACUAUGGCAAAUCAGCGAACUGAGUCACCCGUUCCUUCGUUCAAGUCUGGUAAAUCCAAAACGCAACUAGAUCUGUCCGGCCCUUCCCUCGAAGAAACGAAAAACAACCCAUAUUUCGAUCCCAACCUCGGUGCAAAAACUGCUCUAGCGAAGCCUCGUCAAUCACGUCAGCUUGUAUUUAAUCAAAAGGGGAAAUAUAUCCAGCAAGCAGCAGCACUCCGCCGACUAGCUCAGCUAGAGGCUAUGAAAAAGAAGAUCGCGGAACGUGCACGCCAAGCAGGCGUAGACGAAGAUUUAGAUGUUGAAAAAGCGUUCCUCGUUCCAACUCCUCCAGCAAUCGAAUGGUGGGAUGAGGGUUUGGUCAACGGUUCGAAUUAUUCUGCCAUUGAUGACCCUCAAAAUCUCAAGAUUGACACUCCAGAUACUGUAGUCUCUUUAUAUAUUCAGCAUCCUGUUCUCCUCAAUCCUCCGCAAGAUAAAAACAUACCAGCGCCAAAGCCAAUGUUUCUUACGCCGAAAGAGCAAGCCAAAAUCCGGCGCCAGCGGCGAAUGGCCGAUCUUAAAGAACAACAGGCAAAGAUAAGAUUAGGGCUCGAGCCUGCUCCACCACCAAAAGUCAAGAAGUCCAAUCUUAUGCGCGUUCUAGGUGAAGAAGCCGUCAAGGAUCCGACCGCUGUCGAAGCCCGUGUCAACCGGGAAAUCGCCGAACGAUUUAACAAACACGUGACAGCGAAUGAAUCCCGCAAGUUAACAAAAGAGCAACGGCUCGAGAAACUUGCCAUUCAGCAAGAACAAGACGCGCUGAAAGGCAUACACAUGUCCGUUUAUAAAAUAGACAACCUCGCAAACGGCCGUCACCGUUUUAAAAUCAGCAAAAAUGCAGAACAGCACAACCUAUCUGGCAUGUGUAUUUUGCAUCCGAAAUUCAACCUCGUGAUUGUCGAGGGUGGUCAUCAUUCCAUCUCCGCGUACAGGAAACUCAUGCUCAAUCGCAUUGACUGGACAGAGAAUACUCAUCCAAACAACGAACGCGAAGCGCUCGCAUCAUGGCUUGUCGCAGAGGAUGAGAAGACAGGAGAACUGAAGGAUUUGAGUCAAAACACAUGCACACUAGUUUGGGAGGGGGAGGAGAAAACUAGAGCGUUUAGAAAAUGGUUGGGUGCGCGUGUAUGUGAGACGGAUGCUGCAGCAAAGGAUGCAUUGUCGCGGGCUAAGCUAGAAAACUUUUGGACUUUGGCUAAAAGCAUGAAGGUUGAGAAAAUUUAAAUGCUGGGUGAAAUUUUGAUAUCUCCCUUCUCAAUUUGUAUUUCAGCGAAUUGUCGUUGAGCGGGUUUGUAUCAUUAUAUGCUCGAGAUAUAUCACAUUUUCAAAGGCCCAGAUAAACCCACUCAAGGCCUAUCCUUGAAUAACCGCAUUAUUUGAAAAAUUGUCUAA